ACUUCACUUCUCACGCUGGAGCGUCUUCACCGGUCAGGUUGCUCUUUUGUCAUUGGUCGUUUUGGCCGUCUGUCAAAUGCGCUUGGUUGUGGAUUGGGUUUCUUUUAGAACCGCGUCCUCCUCAGCUGUACCUGUCUCGUUGUGAGAGGCUGACAGCGCUUCCUGUUCCACGCGCUGCUCCCGCCCCCUUUCAUCCAGCUCCAAGGAAGGAAGGAAGAACUGCUCGAGCCGCGUGUGUGUGUCAUUUCCAGUGUGCUGCAAAACCGCGCUGCUAUGUAACUCCCUGGGAUUAUUGAACUGAUUUCGCGGUCGGUGGGAAGUAAGGUUAGAAAGUUUGGAGAUACAGCCGGUACUUUGGGGGGUCCGGGGACCGCAGGGAAGGUGGUGCGAGUGGGUUUGGAAGUGGAGCGUGGCAGAGAAAAGGAAGAAAGGGGGGGUUCUUUCCUGUGCGAGACCAGAUAGCUCGCUUCGCUUGCUUGGCACGACGGGACUGACGUAGAAUAUGGCGGAGCAUCACCCGGUUUCCGAAAACAAACACAAAUCCUCGCUGAACUCCGGGGUGGCGUACUCUGGGAACGGCCGCAGCAGCACGGCGGUGGCGGAGAGAGGCAACAGUGCCGGAGCGGGAGGAGGAGGCGGGCUGUCCGGCGGCCUGUCGCAGCCGGCCGGGUGGCAGUCCCUGCUGUCGUUCACCAUCCUUUUCCUGGCUUGGCUGGCUGGGUUCAGCUCCAGGCUCUUCGCUGUCAUUCGUUUCGAGAGCAUCAUCCACGAGUUUGACCCCUGGUUCAACUACAGGUCGACUCACCACCUCACCACAAAUGGCUUCUAUGAGUUCCUCAACUGGUUUGAUGAAAGAGCCUGGUAUCCUCUGGGUAGGAUAGUUGGGGGCACGGUGUACCCAGGCCUCAUGGUCACAGCAGGCCUGAUCCAUUAUGUGCUCAACCUGCUGCAUAUCACUGUCCACAUACGGGACGUCUGCGUGUUCCUGGCCCCGGUGUUCAGCGGCCUGACCUCCAUCUCCACCUUUCUGCUCACGAGGGAGCUGUGGAACCAGGGGGCAGGACUGCUGGCAGCCUGCUUCAUUGCCAUCGUUCCUGGCUACAUCUCCCGCUCCGUGGCUGGAUCCUUUGACAAUGAAGGGAUCGCCAUCUUCGCCCUGCAGUUCACCUACUACCUCUGGGUGAAGUCUGUGAAGACUGGAUCAGUUUUUUGGACCAUCGGAUGCUGCCUCUCCUACUUCUAUAUGGUUUCUGCUUGGGGUGGUUAUGUGUUCAUAAUCAACUUGAUUCCUCUUCAUGUGUUCGUCCUGCUGGUCAUGCAGCGCUUCAGUCGGAGAGUCUACAUAGCCUACAGCACUUUCUACAUCAUCGGCCUCAUCCUGUCCAUGCAGAUCCCAUUUGUGGGCUUUCAGCCAAUCAGGACCAGUGAACACAUGGCCGCAGCAGGUGUGUUUGUGCUGCUACAGGUCUACGCCUUCCUGCAGUACUUAAAGGACAGACUGACCAGGCAGGAGUUCCAGACUCUCUUCUUCUUGGGAGUCUCUCUGGCUGCUGGAGUUGUUUUUCUCUCUGUCAUCUAUCUGACAUACACAGGUUACAUUGCUCCAUGGAGUGGGCGUUUCUACUCCCUCUGGGAUACCGGCUAUGCUAAGAUCCACAUUCCAAUCAUUGCUUCGGUAUCAGAGCACCAGCCCACCACCUGGGUGUCCUUCUUCUUUGAUCUUCACAUCCUCGUCUGCACCUUCCCAGCAGGCCUCUGGUUCUGCAUAAAGAACAUCAACGAUGAACGUGUCUUUGUGGCCUUGUAUGCUAUCAGUGCCGUAUAUUUUGCUGGUGUGAUGGUACGCUUGAUGCUGACUCUGACUCCGGUGGUGUGCAUGCUGUCAGCCAUUGCCUUCUCCAGCGUCUUUGAACACUACCUGGGCGAUGAGAUGAAAAGGCAGAGCCCGCCUGCAGAGGACAGCAGCGACGAGGACGACAGGAAGAAUGCCGGCAACCUUUAUGACAAGGCUGGGAAGGUGCGCAAACAUGUGUCGGAGCAAGAGAAGGCAGAGGAGGGCCUCGGCCCCAACAUCAAGUCCAUAGUCACCAUGCUGAUGCUGAUGCUGCUCAUGAUGUUUGCCGUCCACUGCACCUGGGUCACCAGCAACGCCUACUCCAGCCCCAGUGUGGUGCUGGCAUCGUACAACCACGAUGGCUCUCGCAACAUCCUGGACGAUUUCAGGGAGGCCUACUAUUGGCUGAGGCAGAACACGGACGAGCAUGCCAGAGUGAUGUCGUGGUGGGACUACGGCUACCAGAUAGCAGGCAUGGCCAACAGGACCACGCUGGUUGACAACAACACAUGGAACAACAGUCAUAUAGCACUGGUGGGCAAAGCCAUGUCGUCCAAUGAGACUGCAGCCUAUGAAAUCAUGAGGUCGCUGGAUGUCGACUAUGUCCUGAUCAUCUUCGGAGGGGUGAUUGGCUACUCAGGUGAUGACAUCAACAAGUUCCUGUGGAUGGUGCGCAUCGCAGAGGGGGAGCACCCCAGGGACAUCAGGGAAAGUGAUUACUUUACCCCCCAAGGAGAGUUCAGAGUGGACAAAGCAGGCUCCCCCACCCUGCUCAACUGCCUUAUGUACAAAAUGUCUUACUACCGCUUUGGAGAGAUGCAGUUGGACUUCAGAACGCCCCCGGGCUUUGACCGGACACGCAACGCCGAGAUUGGCAACAAGGACAUCAAACUGAAACACCUGGAAGAGGCGUUCACUUCAGAGCACUGGCUGGUCAGGAUUUAUAAGGUCAAGAAGCUGGAGAACAGAGACCGGGUGGAGCACAAGCUGCGCAGCACCGACGCUAACAGGCAGAAGUACAGCUCUAAAAAGACGGCCAAGAGGAAGCGCGGAUAUGUCAAGAAUAAGCUGUCCCUGAAGAAGGGCAAGAAACUCACCAAGAAAUCUUUAUAGAAGGUCCACCACCUACAGAGGCAGACUGUGGACAGGAGGGAGGAAAACGAAUCUGACACACACAGCUCAACAAAAUCAAGCAGUAAAAAAAAGAAAAAAAAAAAGAAAGAAAAGGAGAAAACAAAUCCACCAAUCGAGAUUGAAUAAGGAACAGCAGAGGUUCUCUGCCCCGCCCCCGCCAUCAUCUUGAGCAUCCUCACCUGGACGCCCAGGCUGGGAAAGCAUCGCCCAGGAUCCCGCUGAACCCGAGCCGACCUUUGACUUGAUGCUGGGGUCGAGGAGGAAGAGAUAGAGAACGGGUUUGAGUUUGAGAGCCUCCUCCACGCUGGAUUUAACCUGAUGAACUGUGACCUUUGACUCACUUUUCUUUUUGUACUUGAACGUGCUGGGGAGUGAGGACGGACCGAGCGAGAGAGAUUAGCCGUCCCUCAUCAGGGGACUCUGCUUGGGGCUGCUCUAUGCAUCGCAUCAUUCACACACAUACAGAAACUCUGUCAGCACUGAAACCCAGACUGACUGAUAGAGUACGCUUUCAUCUAACAUCAUCCUGCUGCGCCGACAGCACGCCUUCAUUUUUAGGUUAAUUCUCACUUGCUACAGUGCGUUAAAAUUUUUAUCAGCAUGCCAGAUCAACACAGUUGUAAACAAAGAUGGCGCAGAGGGUUGAAUUACUUUUAAAAACAAGCAAAGUCACAAUUUGAGCACCACAGGCUCGGCUGUCCCAAGCUUUACGGCCACAUUUCAGGCAUGAGCUGCAUCCACACAGGGAGCGAUUCACUGGCCACACGUCGCUUUCAAGGCGACUCUCUAAUAUACUGUCACAUGUCAAACAUCGGUAUCCUCCGCUCUCCCCACUGUUCGCUUCAAUCACUUAUAUCAAAGUCGAGGAAAGGGUUCCCCCUGACCUGCCAACUUUCUCUGCCAUGUCUGGUUGCUGUAGAUCGUCCAUGUGUGGAUGCAGCUUCAUGAUUUUACUUUAAGAGGCACAAAGACAUAUUUUUCCCCCUUUCCCCACAUUUGUGUAAGAUUUUCUACUUCAGAGUAAAAAAUUAGCGGCGUGAGGAAUUCAACGAAUCACACAAGCAGAAUUUAUUUAAAGGCACAGGUGGAUGGCUUAAAGCUGCGAGUGUGGUGCCAAAGCUUAACUUUACUGACUCCGCUGUUGUUGUUUUUUUUUUUGUUUUUUUUUAGUUCUCUGUAGUAUCACAUCCAAAACUUAUUAAUGUGAUUCAGUCAGCUCUGAAGCGUGUUCCUGUUCCUCGUGGUUCAGGUGUCACUGAAUGUAAAUAUGGAGUUUUGCAGGUGGCUGACAGUCAUCAUCUUUCUGUUAAUGAGUGCCUGCAGCGUCCUGCAGCAUGGCUGUCCAUACACGGAAACAGGGUGGCACAGUAACUCUUCACUAACAUGCAUCCUGGUAAAUAAUUGAGUUGUGCUGUUGUGUGUAUCCUAAAGGCCAGCCAUCACACACAGAUGUCAGGUUUAUGAGGUUCUCUGGAUCUCGCUCCACAGUCGUCAUCGGUUUCCACCGGAGGAAAUGGUCCACAUUAUUAGAGCUUAAUAUUUCUCCUUCAGCUGCUUCUCACUGAUGUGAAACCAACAUGUUACCCUGUGAUUAUGUUAUUCAGGUUAGUGGAUAUUAUCUCGUGUGCUCUGCUCAGUAAGAUGCUGGUGCUGGCAGAGUUAGCUCAGUGUUGGAUCACAUGCACAAUUUUUCUCCCACUGGCACAUUUUUGUGAUCACCAAUUUGCCCUGUGAUAAAUCUGACCCCGAAUCUCUAGGUCCUGUUCAGACUCCAGAGAUACUGGAACCUACAUUUCCCACGAUGCACCAGCUCUGUUUUAAAGUAAUUUGUUUACAAUCUGUGUGAUCAGCUGGCUGUUUACAUUAUCUAAAAUGGUAAUGCUGAGCCGCAGCCCAGCAGGUGGACCCGAACAUAUCUGUACCCUUCAGUUUUUAAUCAGCUGACUGUAAUUAGUAAAUGAACGAAUGUGGGAGGGAUCAGCGCUGCAGAACGCAGAGCGGUCCCUUCCACCUUCAGGUCAGUAGAAAUGUGCUUGCUUUGCUGCUGAUGCCAGUGUUGUUGUUAAAUAGCCAUUUGAAAGUCUCCUCUGCUCUCAGUGAAAACAAUGAAGAGAAAUCAGCAGCAGCAGUAAUGCACCCAGCUGUUUGUCUGCAGUACCUGCUGUCUGCAUGUCAAAAGGUGUCCCUGAGGCCUCGUUCCCUUUGAUCUCCCGUCACGUAUCCCACCGCACUCUGUAGAUAUCAGGCUGAGUCUCCCUCCGCAGGUACCGGGAUCAAACGCGCUCGCUGCUCGUCCUCUCCUGAAUUUAGAAAAACAUCAUCUGAGCUGGCAGGAGCAGCAGGAGGCUCUGCGGGUUACAGCCGCUCCACACUCUGAAUGUUCCUUGUAAAUUGGCGCACUUCUUUCUGUACACCAAACUUUCCCUAGAUUCGAAUCUGCCAUGUUCAUUUUCUUACAGAUAUUCCAAGCUGACUUUCUGUUAUGAGGUUUUGUUAGAACACUGCUCCAAGAGUCCGUGUGGAGAGGGACAGCACAGGCCUUAAAGUUUAAUAAAAAAAAAAAAAAAAGUUGUUUCCAGAGCUGCACGUCAGCGGGUGUAUUUAUUACAUGGACGAUGGAGGCUGCUGCCUAACACGAGCGCAGCGUCCUAUCAUGUGAUGCAAUGAUUUUAUUUGAUUUUUUCCAAGUCAAAGGUUCUUCCAUCAAUUGUAAUGAUCUGGAUGCAGGUGUGAGAAUGAAACAUGCCUUUUUGAAUAAAGAGGUUGAAAUAA